AUGGCAGAAGACAUCAAGAACAAAAUCAAGAACUACAAGACUGCCCCUUUUGACAGCCAUUUCCCCAAGCAGAACCAGACCAGGCACUGUUGGCAGAACUACCUAGAAUUUCACCGCUGUGAGAAGGCAAUGGCUGCUAAAGGGGGUGAUAUAGCUGUGUGCGAAGGGUACCAGUGUGUAUAUAAGUCCCUUUGCCCCGUAUCCUGGGUGUCAGCCUGGCAUGACCGCCGGGCAGAAGGCACAUUUCCUGGGAAGAUCUGAACUGGCUGCUCCCUGCCUGUCCUCUGUCUUCCAUCCUUC